GGAGCGCUCAGUGUCUGACCAUGUCUGGUCGGGGCAAGGGCGGUAAGGGGCUCGGCAAAGGAGGCGCCAAGCGCCACCGCAAGGUGCUGCGCGACAACAUCCAGGGCAUCACCAAGCCGGCCAUCCGCCGCCUGGCUCGGCGCGGSGGCGUCAAGCGCAUCUCGGGGCUCAUCUACGAGGAGACGCGCGGUGUGCUCAAGGUGUUCCUGGAGAAYGUGAUUCGCGACGCYGUCACCUACACCGAGCACGCCAAGAGGAAGACUGUCACGGCCAUGGACGUGGUCUACGCUCUCAAGCGCCAGGGWCGYACUCUCUACGGCUUCGGCGGCUAAAUUCURUUYCYGCUACAGCUUAACGCUUUCAGAACACAAAGGCUCUUUUCAGAGCCACCCACCUUYUCCUUUAAAGAGCUGUGUUACUUYUACGAGUAUUUACCAUAAAACAAUGAUGUAAUUUUAAAACCUCAACAAUAUCAAUAAGAGAAAUACAAGAUUUUGCUAUUAUAAAAUGCUGUUAAAUGCACAAGUUCGUGGGUAACGGGGAAGUUGUCUUUGCCUCGUGAGAYCAGUUUUUUCUUUCAUGUUCUACAUUCUCAUUAAAAUGACUAUAUGUUAUGAAACGAAAAGCUUGGUUUUUWAAUUUU